AUGGAUAAAAUGGAUAUUCCUACAUUAAAUCAUCAUGUUGGUUCAACUGAACGAGUAUUUAUUGCUCAUGUUAAUGAUUUAAAUGAUUUUUAUUUACAUUCAGAAUUAGUUCGGGAUUCACUUCUUAAACUUGGUCAAGAACUUUAUGAUGAAUAUUCAGAAGCAUUAACAAAAAACUCUUUAGGAAUAAAUGAAACACUUAAUAUAGGUGAUUAUUGUGCAUGUCCAUCCGAAAGUGAAGAUUGGUAUCGUGGUUUAAUACGUCAAAUAGAUUCAAAUGGACAUGCAAUUGUAUUUAAAAUUGAUUAUGGUGAUGUGCAAUACAUACCAAUACAAUUUUUACAACCAUUACAUAAACGUUUUAUUCAAUUACAUCGUUUAGCAUUUCAUUGUUCAUUAGUUAAUUUAAUUAAACCAUUAGAUGGUUGGUCAUUAAAAGUAAUUGAUGAAUUUCGUUCACGUUUAACAACAACAUUUCUUUAUGCAAAAUUUAUUAAUUAUAAUGAAAUAAGAGAUAUAUCAGAAGUUGAAAUAACAGAAAAAUCAUCAAAAACAUCAUUAAAUAAAGAUUUUCAACAAUAUCAAAUGCAACGAUUAAUAUUACCUAUGAUUGAUAAAUUUCAAUAUAAACAUAUUCCAUUGGAAAAAUUAGAUUGUAUUCAAUCAAAUCAGAUUCGUUUGCUUUAUUAUAUAUGUCCAAGUCUUUUUUAUGUUUAUCUUCGAGAAAAUAUAAGUUCUUAUAUAAGUUUUCAAAAUGAUUUACAAAAAGUUAUGCAAAAACAUCAAUCAAUAACAACACCAAUUAAAUAUCAACCAAUUGCUGCACAAGAUAAUCAUGCUAUAUGGCAUCGAGCUGUUAUACUUGAUUUUACUUCUGAUUUAACAAAAAUUUGUGUUUAUUUUAUUGAUAUUGGUCAAAGAGAAUAUGUUUCAAUGAAUAAUAUUCGUCAAUUACCUGAAGAAUUUCAUCAUAAAUCAGCAUUAGCUAUACCAUGUCGUCUAUACAAUGUAUAUCCAAUUAAUGGUAAUGAUCAAUCAAUAUGGGAAUCAAAUGAUCAAGUACAUGAUGAAUUUAAUAGACUUAUGGUUAAUAAUGUUAGCUGUAAAGUACAUAUAAAACAAGAUCAAAUUAUUUAUGAUAUUGAAAUCGAUAUUCCGAAAAUAGGAGAUCUCGGUACAUUUCUUUUUGAUAAAAAUUUGGUUUCUCGUACAACAAUGAAUAGCAAUUUGCGUCCGAACUUUAAUUCAGGUCAACAAUUACCACAAUCAUUUGUACGUGCACAACUUCUUGCAUCAGGAAUGACUCCUUUGAGACAACAACAAAGAUCUAUACAACAAAAUGAACUUUAUAAUAAUCCAAAUAAUAUGACUCAACAACCACAAACUCGUAUGUCACAUACUGGAUUACAAAAUACUAAUGUUCAACAAUCUCCUAAUACAUUAGCUAUUACCGGUUCAUCAUCGACUAUAUCCACUCUACCACCUCAAGAUGGACUUUAUACAAUAACACAAGUUCAUAGUGCUGGUGAAUUUUAUGGUGUUUCUCAAUCACGUGAACGUGAAUUAGAAAGUCUAUUUAAAUAUCUCGAAGAGUUUUAUAAUAAUAAUUCUAUUAAUGAUCAAUUAUUAAGUGUAAAUGUUCUUGUAGAAGGUACACCAUGUGUUGUACAACAAGGUGAUAAAUAUCAUCGUGUUUUAAUAAAACGUCGUGAAAAUGAUACACGAGCAUCAGUUAAAUUAAUUGAUCGUGGUGAUGAAGUUAUUGUUGAUAUAUCAGAAUUAUUACAAAUUGAGAAAAAUAUUUCUUCAAUACCAAUAUUUGCUCAACCAUUUCGUUUACGUGGUUAUGAUGAAUUACAAAAUUCAGCUAAUUUAACUCCUACUUUGAAAAAAUUAAUACUUAAUCAACGUGUUCACAUUACUCAAAUAAAUCCAAUGACAAUUAAUGGAUUUUAUCCUGUUGAAAUUAUUUUAGCUGAUAAUCAUUCUGUUAAUAAAAUACUUUUUUCUAAUGAGAAAAAUUUAUUAAGUCCAACAUCAAUUUCAAAUAAUCGACCUAGUUUUAAUCAAUCACAUCAUACUUAUAUUGAAUCACAAGUAUUUAGUAAUUCAAAUAAACAUCCAUCUACAAUUAAUCAAGAUUUAAGUGGACGUUUAUCUAUGACUCAUAGAACAAAUGAUAUUUUAUCAACAUCAUCAAAUAUUUUAACAGGUCCAUCACGUACACAACCUGGUCGAUUUGGAACAGGAAAUUCAACAGCUUCAGUUAUACCUUCAACAAAUGAACAAAUACCACGUUUUACAAAUUUAACUAAUCGUAAUAAUCAAACAGUAGAUUCAACAACAUCGAAUUCUAUUUGGAAUAAAGAACAAACUAAUAAAUCAAAUUUUAAUAUUACAAAUCAACAAUCAUUUGGACGACAACAAUCAAGUUCAUCUCAAUUUAAUAAUAGUCAAAAAACUGAUGAUGAUAAAAUAUCUAUGACAAAUAAUAAUCAAAAUCGUUUAUCAUCAAUGCAUUAUGAUAAUCAACAAGUAUCAUAUGAACAAAAACGUUCAUUUAGUAGUGGAUAUUCUCAUGAUGAUCGUAAUGAAAAACAAAUGAGUGGAAAUCAUUUUCAAAAAAAUGAUGAUAGUUCAAAUGAAAGUAAUUUUCGACGAGGUGGUUUUAAUCGUGGUACUGGCUUUCCUGAUCGAGGAGCUCGUGGUGGUUUUAAUGAUCGUCAUAUGAAUCGAAAUAACGAUGGCAAUACUAAUGAUCAUAAUACACAAUUUUCAAGCGGAUUUUCUAAACGUGGUGGAGGUUUCACUGAUGGAGGUGGUCGUAGUGGAAAUUUUCACGAUCGAAAUAAUUUUAAUCGAAAUCAAAAUAAUGAUUAUAAUGAAAAUAAUAUGCAACGAUCACAAAACUUUAAUAAUAAUAAUACUCGUGGUGGAUUUCAAAAUCGUCGUGAUCAAGGCGACAAUAGAGAUCAUGGAGAUUUCGGACGACGAGGAAGUCAACGUGGUGGUCAACGUGGAGGUAACUUUGAUAGUAGUAAUCGUGGUGGUCGUAGUAAUUUUCGUGAUCGUGAUAAUAUUGGAUUACAAUUAAGUUCAGAUUAUAAUAAUUCAUUGAAAACAUUCAAUAAUUCAUCAAACAUCCGACAAACAAAUAUUAAUUUUGAAGCUGGCGAUCAUUUUAUUGAAAAUGAUAUACCAAAAGAUAAUAUAUUUAAAUUUGUUAUUAGUCAUAUUGAAACAGCAAAUGAUUUUUUUAUUCAAUUAUUAUCUAAAGGUAAUGAAUUAACGAAAUUAAGUGAAAUUUUACAAAAUGAAUAUCAACAAGCACCAGAAGCAAAUAUAAGUUCAUUGAAAAUUAAUCAACCAUGUUUAGCCAAAAGUUCAGAUGAUUGUUGGUAUCGAGCCACUGUUCUUUUAACUGGUUUAACUAAAUUAAAAGUCCGUUUUAUUGAUUUUGGUGAUACAACUGAAGUUACUUCAAAUACUAUUCGACAAUUAGAAAAGAAACAUUGUUUAGCAGCUCCUUAUGCAUAUCAAUGUAAAUUUGAAAAUGUUCAAAUUCUUGAUAAUGUAAAUAUAAACAAUAUAAUAGAUCAAUGUGUUGGUAAAGAAUUUAAUGGAAAAAUAAAAACAAAAACUUCAGAUAAUAAAUUUAUUCUUGAGUCCGAUGAUUUUCUUCAAAUUUUACUUCGAACAAAUGCAAUUAAAUCGAAACCUAAAACAAUAUCAUUAAAACGUUUUCAUUAUGUUAUUAUUCAUUUUGAAUGUGAUAAACAUGAAUUUUUUAUUCAAGAUGAUACAGAAACAGCAGAUAAAAUCAGUGAACUUGUUCAAAAUGAAGAACCAAAUGCUCCAACAUUAACAAUUGAUGAAGUUAAACAAUUAUUACCAAAUACAAUGAUUAUUGCUAUGUUUGACAAUCAACCAUAUCGUGCUAUUAUACAAUCAAAUGAAUCCAAUAAUAAUGAUGAUGAUGAUGAUAAUAUUAAUGUUUAUUAUGUUGAUUAUGGUAAUACAAAUUUAUGUUCAAAAACAUCAUUAAAACGUUGUAGUGAACAAUUAAGUUCAUAUCCAUAUCAAAAUAAACGAUGUCAAUUAUAUGGUAUAAAUUUAAAUGAAAUUGAUAAUGCAUUUAAAUAUGUUCAAGAAAAUUCUGAUUCAGAAAAUACUGAAAUUUCAAUUAUUAAUGAAAAAAAUUCUUUAUUUAAUGUUCUUGUUUAUAUUAAUAAUGAAUGUAUUAAUGAAAAAUUUGGAUGUGAUCUAAAUUUAAUUGAAAAUAAUGAUAAUAAUAUUGAAAUUGAUAAUCAACCGAAUAUAAUAACAUCACCAUCACCACCAUCACCACCACCAACAAUAACAACGAUAAUUGAAGAACAAGAACAAGAACAAGAACAACCAAUAUCAAUUGAUGAAAAACAAACUAAUGAUGAUGUUUUAUCACAAAAUGAAAGUUCAGCAGUUACACAAUCUGAGAACAAUGAAUCAGUGACAGAAAAAACUUUACCAGAAUAUCGUCAAGGUUUAUUAACACAUAUAGAACAAACUAAACCAUAUGUAUAUAUUCAAUUAAUACCUGAAUCUGAACCAAUAAUUGAACAAAUAAAUAAAUUAAUUACUAAAAUAAUCCAAGAUAAUCAACAUAAUUCAUCAUAUGAAAUCGGUGAUCAUGUUAUAGCACAAUUUAGUCAAGAUGAUAGUUAUUAUCGUGCUAGAAUUGAAUCAUAUUUAUCAUCAACAAAUUCUUAUACAGUUUAUUUUCUUGAUUAUGGUAAUUUAGAUGAAAAUGUACAAUUUGAUCGUUUAUAUUCAUAUUCAAAUGAAUUAGAAGAUAUUGAACCACAAGCUCAUGGAUAUUUAUUAAAUAAAGUUGAUAUUGAAUUAUGGAAUAAUACAUUAUAUUCAUUAAUGGACAGUAAAACAAAUGAUAUUAUUGAAUAUACUAUUAUAGAUAAAAAGAAUUCUAUUAUUGAUAUUAAAUUGGAUAAUAAUAAUAAUAAUAUUGAACAAAUAAAUUCAAUAAAUCUAGAAGAAAAUAAAAUUUUUUCAGCUAAUAUAUCAUCUGUGGAUAAUAAUUUUUUUUAUAUACAUAUAUUACCUAAUGAUAAUUUACAUCUAUAUGAAAUUGAAGAAUAUUUACAAACAUAUAAUAAACAAACAAAAGAUCAAUGGAUAAUAAAUGAUUUAUGUAUUGUUUUAAAUAAUGAUAAUAAAUAUUAUCGUGGUCAAAUUCUUGAUAUUAAUGAUAAUAAAUAUAAUAUAAGAUGUAUUGAUUAUGGUUAUAUUUUAGAAAAUAUUACAAAUGAUUAUUUAUUUAUAUUAUCAAAUGAUGAUGAAAUUUUAAAACAAUUACCAUUAGCACAUAAAUGUCAAUUAUAUGGUAUUGAUUAUAUUAAUCAAAAAAAUGUUAUUAAUGAUAUUAUUCAAUGUAUACCAAUAACAGAAUCUGUUACAAUUCAUAUUGAAAAUAAUGAUGAAAAUAAUCAAUGUUUAUAUGUAACACUUAUAAGAGAAAAUAAUGAUAAUGUUAAUAUUCAAUGUUUAUCAAAGAAUAAUAUUGAUACAAUUGAACAUGAAAACAAGGAAGAGUCAGAUACUAAUGAAAACAAUGAAAUAAUAUUAUCAAAUUCAACCGAUUCAAUUAAUAAUAUUGAUGAACAAAAAAUAUCACAAAUAGAAAAUAAUAAUAAUAAUAAUCAAUCGAACGAUAUAACAAAUGUAACUGAAAAUAGUUCAUUAUUAUCAAUAACAAAUAAUCAAACAAUUGAUUUUGGUGAAAAUGAUCCAUCAACAACAAAUACAACAAUAAAAGAUGAAAUAAAUGAUUCAAUAUCAUCGAAUUAA